UCGAACUGGUCGGUUGAAGGCGCAGAAAUCGAAAAGUGCAAAGUGUAAUGUGUCAAGUGUUAAUAAAUAAAAUAUAAAAGCAAAGUUAUUUGCAAAUUAAUGCAAAGCAAAAAGGAAAUGCAUAUACAUACCAUACAUAGUAACGGUUCGGCUCGCUAAUGGGAAAGUGAAAUCGAUGUGUGUGUGCGAGCGCAAAGUCGGCGGAAAGAAAAUAUAUUUCGUAGUGUGAACAAGUAAAUGUACAAUGAAAAAAAUAGGAAUUCGUUUGCUUUGAAUGAAAAAACGUUAAGUUGUGAUAAAAAACACUCUUAAACUAACUGAAUAACUAACUAACUAAUAUGUUAAAGCAUUAAAAUCAUUUACCGUGAAUAAAAUUUUCAAAGCUUUAUGAACACAUAAAACCACCAAAAAUGCUACCAAUACAUGCGCAUGAAAAUCUGCAACGUUUGCGGCAUAAACCCAUCUGGGUACUUUUUCUGUUGAUUUUCUUGGUCAUUGUUUUGGAUAAGACAGCAACAGCGACUACCGAAAAUGAACAAACAACAACACCAGAACCAGAUGCUUCACCUGGCUGCAAGGCGCCUGACAUUCGCUUCACCGUCAUACGACCGGAAACCACCACUGAGCAGCCGUAUGCAAAAUUUGAGACAACUCAGAUAUAUUUGCCCGAGGACUUUACCACGUCCGAUGCAGAGUUUGUUGAAAGGAUUAACAUAGAUCUGACCGCCCGUCAGCCUGGCGUCAACGACAAUAAGAUGAGCGCUAUCGUUAAUCCCUACCAAGUCGAUCUGGAUGACCAGCACGGCCUGGCAGGGGUGCACGGUGCUGACGACACACUCGCCGCCAUCGACGACGAGGAGGACGAGGCGGCCGACAGCGAAGAUGGUACACGCAAACGCAACCAGAACCGCAAACUGAAUAAGAAACGUCGUUCCGGCACAGGACGUCGUCGCCGUAUUGAAAACGAUAAUGGACAAACACGCGGCCGUGGCAGCCGUUAUAAGCGCCAGGUGAUCCAUCACGAUCCGGACGCAUCAUCGGACACCGACAAGUGGGGCGGCAGUAAGUUAGCCGCCGAAGGGGAUGUUUACUAUGUACACAUUGAUGACAUACUCGAAUCGGGUACACCCAAUGCUGAGCUCCGAUUAAAACUGCACAAGUUGAAGCGCAAAAAUAAAGCCAAAAAUUCCACUUGUACCGACAAUGGCAGCAAGGAGCAGUGCAAACAGGAAUUGGCGAAGAAGAAGAAGAAAAAAGCAAACGUCACAGAUGUAACCAAACAGAUUGGGGAGGAGAAGCAGGCGCGAAAUAAAGAAUCGAACGUGAAACAACAUCAUCGAAGACGCGGCGACAGUCAUGAGGACAAGCGUGGCGAGCAGCGUAUGCAGAAGGAAAAUGCAAAUCUCAAUCUAAAUUCACGAUAUCGACGCGCAACCAUCGGUGAAUCGAAGCUAAUGGCCGAUAUGGCUGCGAGGGGUUCAGGCAACUACAAUGAUUUGGAAGCAAAUGUGAAUGCGGCGGAGAAUAGCGACUUGGAAGCGACACAAAUUGGGCGCGGCAAUAGCAAUAACAAAAACAUAACCAAUAAUUACAUUAAAAUGAGUGAUGAGCAGCUGCCGGGCGAUGGCGAUGUGCCGGCGGUGUAUGGCAAUGAGACGGGCGCAGAGGCGCUGCAGCGCGUCAAACGCAAGUCCGGCAAGACAACCGGCGCAUUGAGUCGUCCCAAGGGCGGCGGAGAUUCCAGCUCGAAGACGACAAGUCGCAAGGAUAAGGGCAUUUACGACGAAGAAGGUGGCUAUUCACCUGUACAUCCUGACGAAACAGACGAGGAUGAGGAGGAGGAUGAAGAGGAGGAAGUUGAUAUACAGCAACAAUUCACUGAAGUCUCCGAAAUACGUUUCCCUGGCGAAAUUGGACCGUUGGGCGAUAGAAGAUUGUGCAAAAUACGCUGUGUCAAGGGGAAAUGGGUGGGACCGUUGUGCGCCACCAAUGAGGAGGAUGAUAAUGGAAAUGUGAAAUUUCAGCCCCUAUACAAGAGUUGCCAUGUAAAUCGAAUUCCACCGCAUUUACUAUUGAGCUAUCGUAAUAUUUCAGUGACCCCGAUACCGUCCAUAAGAGGGUCACGUCGCAAUCGAACUUCCAAAUCGACUUUUAUUUCCAAUACACAAAUUAAUGUCGGCUGGGACUUGCCACAUGGACACUCAUUGCAGGCACGCUGCAAAGAUCUAGGCAUGUACAAGCUGCUUGGCGAGUCUCGCGUGCUUUGCUCGAACGGCUUAUGGGCACCGCGUAUGCCCUCUUGUGUGCCCACCACCUUACUGACCAAUUUCUCCGACGAUAGCGCGCCCUCCAUUCGCAUCAAAGUAUUUAAUGGCUCCGGUGCGUUUGAACCAUCAGGCGUUUUGGCAGUACUGCCGCAGAGCUCAAUUCUUCUCGAUUGCAUGUAUCCACGCGUGCGUGGUAUACCUGAGUGGACAUGGACCAGCUGGUACAUGCAAUAUCCAACAGGUUGGUCACACGAGGAUAAAAACCUACGUUACCGCUUGACAAUCAAGGACAUACAAAACAGUGAUUCGGGCACGUUUACAUGCACUUCACCACGCGGCCUGACCAAUAGCAUUGCAAUCGUUGUGGCCACCUCGACAUGUCCGCAGCUACCAGAACCGGUGUCGCCGCUCACGCUACGCUUGGAGGGUAAUAAACUCGGACAGCGCGCCAUGUACCGCUGCCCUCCAGGUUAUCGCAUCGAUGGUGUUGCGAAUGCAACCUGCUUAGCCUCGGGUAAUUGGUCAUCGCCGCCGCCCACUUGUCAGGCUGUGCAGUGUCCCCGUUUGGCGUUGGACGAUCCGCAUUUGAGUUUGGUGGAGCUGAAUACGUCGGCGUGGGGGCGGGCGAUGUUCAAAUGCCAGUGGGGCUUCAAGCUGACCGGCCCGCCGAGACUGGACUGUGAGCCGACGGGCGUGUGGAGUGGCCCAGUACCGCGUUGCAAAGCCAUCCAAUGUUCGACGCCGGUGGCGCCGCUAAAUGGACGCAUCGGCGGUACCAAUUUAAAUCAGCGCCGUCUCACUGUGGGCGCAUUGGUCACAUUCAGCUGCAACGAGGGGCAUACGCUUGUGGGCGAGCCAAGCAUCAUUUGCACAGAGACUGGACUCUGGUCGCAUCCGCCGCCAUAUUGCAAAUCACAAUGCCCCUACCCCGGGGAUCCACCAAAUGGUUUAAUAGCCCCACUGAAAUUCAAUUACGAUUCUGGUGAUUACCUGAGUGUCCAGUGUCGGCCUGGUUUUGUGCAGUACAGCGAGAAUGGCCCACCAGAACGUCCGAAAUGUCAACCGGAUGGAAAUUGGUCCGGUCCGGUGCCCAAGUGUCGCAGCUAUGAGGAAGUGUAGCUAAUCAAAAUGGCGGACAUGAUGAUUCCGGAAUCAUCUGAUGAGUCCAUACAACUACAACACGACUACAAACAAGCACAGCUACGGUAUUAGCAGCAUAAACUUAAUGCAGAGUUACGACAGAGAGAGAGAGAGAGAGCGACAGUCACAACAACAGCAACAAUAAACGAAUUUGAUCAUAAAAUCAAAGAGCUGAAUGAAAAUAGAAACAAAAAUUAAAAUGUUGAUGAACAAAAACAAACAACAGCGCACACAAGCACAUAUAUCGUAUUAUGUAGUAGUAGUGUACGUUAAGGAGAAUGGUUGGGGUACAAAUACGAUGCACACACACACCCACACACAUAUAUACAAGAUAUACUUACAGCUACACAUGCACUUAUACACUCUUCACGCAUAUACACUAACCUAUUCAAAUACAUUAAAAGCCUAAAAAUAUAUAUUUCUCCUGCAGGAAAUAAAAUUAAUUAAAGUCUAUUAAAAAAAACAAGGAUUUAUUCAUACAAAAAUUAGAUUAAAAUUAAAAUUCUUAACUAAUGAGGAUUUCUAGCUCUGGCAGCGCAGGAAUUAAGCCGAACUAACGUUAAAAAUUCGGUUGUUUUUUUUUAAUUGAUGCUUUUUUGUUUUUUUUUUUAUGAAAAUAUCAAAUUUCGAAAAAUAUGUAAGACUUUUGGCACACGUUGGUGCAUUUCUUUUAUCAAAGAAACGAGCUUUCAUUACAAAUUGGAUUGAUUUUUUUUUAAAUUUGUAUACUUUUUCGGUUAGAUUUGUAAAAUUCGGUAAAAGUUCGGUCAAUUUCAGGCUUCGGUGGUUAAUUCGGUAAAAUUUUUUUUUAGUUUUUAUGAACUGUCGGCUUUCUUCACAAUAUAUAAUUUUUAGCUCAAAUUCUGAUUUUUUGUAUAUUAAGUAACGAACUUUCGUUACAUUUUCGGUAAAGUCCUUUCAAACUUCUCAUAAAUAUCUGAUUUUUAAAAGAACUUUUAGCACUCUUUUUUUGUAAAGAACACUUUUAGCAUACAUUCAAAUUUCUUUUGUAUUGAAGUAACGAACUUUCGUUACAGAUCCCGUUGAGUCUUUUCGAAUUUCUCAUAAAUGCCUGAUUUUUUAAAUUAUCGAUCACUUUUAGCAUAAAUUCGGCAUAUUUUUUUAUAUUAAAAUAACGAAUUUUCGUUACAGAUUUGGUUGAGUUCUUUCGAAAUUCUAAUAAGUGUCUGAUUUUUUUUAAUUAUCGAUAACUUUUAGCAUAAAUUCAGAUAUUUUUUUCUAUUAAAGUAACGAACUUCCUUUACAGAUUCGGUUGAGUCUUUUCGAAUUUCUCAUAAAUGCCUAAGUUUUUAAAUUAUCAAUCACUUUUAGCACAAAUUUCGAACUUUCGUUACUAAAUCGAUCGAAUUUUUCUCGAAUUUGUGAAUUCAUAUCUGACUUUUCACAAAACCUUUAAAUUUUGCUACAAAUUCUUCGAAUGUGCAAGGUUUAAUCAUUAAAUUCGACUGAUAUUUUAUGGAAUUCGAUAAAAACUGUUUUCGAACCUUCACUGGCACGAAAUUUCGUUACGGCUUUCGUCAAUUAUUUUGUUAAAUUUCAAAAUUUCGGUUAAAUGCGCAUUUUUGCGGCAUAUUAAAAAUCUCGAAGCGUAUUUUUCCUAGUAGCUGUCCAAACGUCUAAGAGUCUAGUUUUAAAAAUCAGUUGAAAAUUUUUAUUUUUUGCAAUGGCUUGCUAUCAGCUGGCUAAAAAUUCGUAAACUACCAAUUCUGAACCUCAUUUCUUUCCUGCAGGGGAGGAAAAAUUGUUGAAAAAAAAUCCUUACAAAGAAAAAGAAAAUUAUCGAAUUGUAUAAAGUUAUACUUAUAUGUAAGAAUUGAACACGACUAGCUUCUGUAAGUCAAGUAUUUGUGUCGAAUGACCAAUUAAAAGCAAUUAAAUUUCAGUGCGCGUGUUAACUGAAUCAAAUUAAAUCAAAUCUUUCAUGUCUGUAUGUAUGUAUAUUAAAUUGCACUGGAACGCACAGGGCAGCAAAUUACGAUGAGGGCGAGGGAAAUAAUGUUAAAUCUAGCAGAAAAACGAUUUAAUGCUCCAUUAUAAAAAGAAUCCAAUAUUUACUAGAAUAAGCGUUGUUGAAAUUGCAAAGAAAAAAAUGUAAGUGAAAAUAAAAAAAGAAAAUAAAUGCAAAAAUAUAAAUAACAAAACCGAUUAAUUGAUAUAUUUACAACUUAUUGAAUCGCAUAAAAACAGAUAAGAACAAAUAUUUGCAAAAAUAAUAGUUUGAGAAUAGAAUUAUAAUACUCGCAGCUACAUGGGCGCGCGUGUAUAAUAAAUAUACUUAUAGCAGGUAGUGUAAUAUUUGUGCUGCGCUGCCAGCUUUCUUAUAAUCGCAUACGAAACGCAUACUAAAAAAAUACACGCAUAUGUGAUUGUGUCAGAAAAUUUCAUAAUAAUUUUAAAUUACUAAUUAUUUCUUUCCAAGGUCUUGCUUUAGAUUUUACUCUAAAUUUCCAGUGAUAGGAAAUUUAAGAAUUGGGCUACGAAAUUAGGCAUUUUCUACGAUGGACUUCCAUAAUGCAUGUACAUUAAGGCAGAGGGCGUUCAAGAAAUUGUUGUGACUUUUUUUCCUCUAUAGUUAUUUGGCACUUUUUUACCUUCUUUUUAGAAUACUGGGAUAGCUAUAAUGUUUCUCGAUACAUCUGGUAUUGUCGAUGUGUCGAGUAUUAUGCAGAACAGCUUACGUGUUUCUUCGCAGAUGGAGCUCCUCCAAAUGUGAUUAGCUCAUUGUUAAUGCUGUCAAUUCCUGGAGCUCUCCUAUUUUUCAAUUUGGUGAACGUUUCUUGGAUUUCAUCGAGUUGUAAUAUAAAAUAGGUAGUUUCAUCAAUAAUGCAACAGCAACUUAUUUUUCUUUCCGUGUUCACUCCUCUCGGAAGCAUAGGGUCUCGACAAGACCGUUCCAUCGUACAUGGUUCUCGGCUGUUGUUUUUGCACCGUCCCAUAUGAUUUCGGCAUCUGCUAGCUCGCGCAACAUCGACCUUCUCCAAGUUAUUUUGGGCCGAGCCGCACCUCUGCUCCCUUGCGGCAUCCAGUCCAGUGCCAUUCUCGUGAUGCUAUUCUCAACGUGUGACUUAUGCAUUGCCACUUUCUGCAUUGGAUUUACCUAAGGAUGGUUUCCUCAUUCGUUAAUCUCCAUAGUGCGUCGUUACUGAUGGUGUUUAGCCAGAAUAUUCUGCAAAUGAUGCCGUGGCAUUUGUUGAUGAAGGAUUGUAGCCUUUGUCUGAUGGUGUUGGAGACUAUAUCUGUUUCGCUUGCGUACAACAAUACGGACUUCACGCAUGCGCCGAAUAUUCGUAGUUUUGUGCGCCUCCCCCAUACUGUAUGCAUUCGCCCGAAUGCCGCCCUUUAGCUUGUUUAGCUUACAGUUGACAUGGCUUUGUUUAGCCUGCAGUUGACAUCUUCACCUACUCCACCAUCUGCCGUGAUGAUGCAGCCAAGGUAGCAGAAACUUUCAACGAAUUCCAUCGGGCAUCUGUCAACCAAUAUCUGCCUUGCGUUAUUGUGGUUAACUCUCAUGGCCUUGCUCUUGGCGAUGUUGACCUCCAGUCCGAUAGUGCGUGCCAGCGUUACUAGUCUGUCCGCCUUCGCUGGCAAAUCAGUGAGUUUGUGAGAGAGGAGGCAGAUGUCGUCGGCGAAGUCCAGAUCCUCAAGAUGUCUGGUGAAACUCCAUAGGAUGCCUGUUUUUGCAGGGUCAGUUGACUCAUGACGUCAUCAAGGACGAUGGGGAAGAGAAGGGGGCGACAGGGGACAACCUUGCCUUACGCCUGCGUUGGUAGUGAAUGGAUCGCUGAUAUCGCCUUUGUGAAGCAGUGCCUGUUCGGAGUUUUCGUAGAGGCCUUUAAUGAGGCGGAUUAUCUUGGCGGGAACUCCCUUUCUACUCAGUGCCAGUUUGUUGUGAUAUUUGCGUUAAAAAAUGUGAAUAUGAGAAAUGCACGACGAAAAAUUAAUUGACUUAGUGGCAAAUUGUUCAUGUUUUAUGACAAAAAUUGUUAUUAAUUCUACUUUAAUAUCAGCUGUUUAUGGUUGCGGAAUGAGUAAUCGACAAAUGCUGUAAUGUUGCGGCUAUGAUUACGAUGACGGCUGUGGCGUUAUUUGGUUAGGGGUAGUCAGAGACACGAAAAAAUUAUGAUUUUUAAUAAUUUUUUUUUUUUUUGCUAGUCAAUUGCUUUAUUUUACAAAAAUAAAAAGAUAGCAUUAUUACAUCAUAUUUCGACUUGACUUUAGCAACAUUUCAAAAAAAAAAAUUAAUAAUUGUAAAAGUUAUCGCUGUUUGUUUGGAGCCCGUUUCUCCAGAAGUCCUUUGCGGUGAUCAUCACAAGUCCCUGGAGGUUCAUCCAAAAUCAAUCGGACAAGAGAACUUAGUUUUAUUAAUAGAUAAUCUUGUGCCUGAUCGAAGCUUUUUUUUCAAAAUUAACAAUAUGGCGGCCUCAGGAUACAUUUUUCAGAUUUUCGAGAAAAAACCGACAACUAUAUUAAUUGUUAAAAAAAAUCUAAAUUUUUGAAAAAAAUGUCCUUGAAUCAGGCACGAAUUAUUUUUAAAAGCAGUAUAAACAUGGUUUUGAGAAAAACGCAUUUAAAGUUUUGCUAUCGAUUUAUGUAGUUAUACCAAUUCUUUAAUUACUCACACUGCGUCUUCUAGUCCUGGGCCAUAUAAAAGUUCUUCAGCUGUCACAGCAGCUUCCAAAAUAUCGAUUUACUGUUGCCUACGUAGCUUUCUAUCUUCUCGAGUGUUAUCGUUAGCGAGAAGUCGGUUGCUUGCAGCUGUUGCUAGCUGCUUGCUCUCGAACGCUCCGGAGCGCCCGAGCGCUCUUUGUUAAUUGCUGAAUAACUCGAAAAGUAUUUGUCGAAUUCACUUCAAAUUUUCACACAAUAUUUUUGAGAUAUUAUACUUUAAGAAUAUGCAAAAACAAAUCCAAUUUUGACUACCCCAAAUUAUGGUAUCAAAACGGCACGUAAGUGCUACUUGAAGUGUGCCUGUAGCACUCUUGCCAUUUUACCUACCUACCCCUAACCUCUUAUGGCUACGGCACCACUAAUUGCAGCUUUAGACGCCGACAGCCAAUCAAAUUGGCUCUAUAUUGAAAAGCUGCAAAGCAUUGUUGUCAUAUUUCGAUAAGAAUGCAAUUGAAAAAUAUAAAAAAUCACAUCAAUGAAGUCUAUUGACACCAUUCAAUAUUAAAAUGCAUGCAACCCCAACACAAAAACGCUGUGAAAAAUAGAUUCGAAAUGGGUUUGGGUUAUGUUAUUUAUAUCGGAUUUGACCAGUGUUUUGGCUGAUGUUUGGGCUUAAGCGGUUAUAUACAGUUAGAAGGCCGAAAAAAACGAAUUUUGCAGAAUUUUUCUGACAAAACUUUUAAAUUUAUUGAUCUACAAAUGUGUGCACUUCUUAUGUUAUCUUUUAACUGUAUUUUAAGACUUAAUACUAGUAAAAAUAUUUAUUUGGAAAGGAGCUACAGCUGAUCUCCGGAAGCUCCUCUCAAACAAGACGUUUUUCGGUGGCCAGUAACUAAAAAACCAACUCUGAAACUAAAAAACCAAAGAGAUUUCGUUACAGUAAUGUUGAAUCUAAUAAUUAAUUUUUUUUGAAAAUGGCGGUUUCUCAAAACAAAAAAUUGAUUUUUCACUAAAAUAAAAAAAAAGAAAAUAUUUAUCGGUGAGAAAAAAUCUUCGUUUGAUUACUAAAAAAUAUAUUUCAAAAGCUCGUGUUAAAAUUUGAGACUAAUCGGUUUAGCCGUUUUCGAGUAAUACUGGUCACCGACUUUGAAAACACCAUUUUGAGUAAAACUCCUUUACAAAUUUGCGUGUAACUUCGAAAAUAUUCACCGGAACGAUAUUAAAUUUUCUAUGUGUUUUCUUAAAUAUAUGUGCAUUAAGAAACAAAAAAAAUAUAAAAAAAAUCGAUGUUUUGAAAAUUCUAACUGUAUAUAACCCCUUAAGCAUGGCUAGCGGCAGCAAACCCAAAAGUAAGCCGCAAUGGAAGCGUUCUGUUACACAUUCAAAAUUGUUGCAACAAUCUUGGCAAAUCUUUCAACAAUUUCAGCAAUUUCCAACACUUCAAAUAUUAAUUUCUAAAUACUUCAAACAUUAUUUGCUUUACUAUUUUAGCGUAAUUUAAUAAACAUUAAAAUAAAAAAAAGUUAAAUCCUUUUAAAAGCCACUUGUAAAUAUAACUUCCGUUUGUAAAACGAAGAAGAAGAAAAUCGCACUUGAAAUCAAUUAAAAUGUGACCGCAUUUACCGAAUGCAUACUCGCAUAUAUAAUAUUUUGCCCACACUUAAAUACUCUACUACAUAAAUAUUUAUUGCAUUGCGAAUUGCAAAAACUCCAUUUACUACCAAUUAAUUACUUGCUCUUAACAAAUACAACUCAAGCAUGCAAUUAAAAGUAUUAUUAUCAUUACGGAUGUAUGUAAAGAAAACACAACUUCCUAGCGUUGCUUUCCAGUGUUCGUAAGUAGGCUGCAUACUUCCAAUAUUAUUACCAAUAUUAAAAUAUUUAGAUUUGUAUCGGCACGAAUUAGUAUGUUUUACUUUUUCUCAAAUAUCAAAAAGUACUAAAUACAUAUGAAAAUAUAAAUAUAUAUAUAUAAAAAUACAAAUAUAUAUAUAAAUAAAUAUAUAAAUACCAGUUAAAUGGAGCAGCAAAAAGUGUGUAACGUAAAUUUAAGACAAAUGUAGACGUAAGUGAAAAUUAGCGAAAUGUAAGCGAAUGUGGCGAAAUAUUGUAAAAGUUUGUGAUCAUUUAAAGGCAAAUAUUUAAAAAGAUUUAAUAAUUGUAUUGUAAGUGAAAGACAAAAUGAAUUAUAAAGAAACGCAUACAUAUUGAAAAUAAAGUGCAUAUCUGAGGAAAGUGAA